AUGGGUGCAAAAGAUGAAGAAGCUGGGCUUCCUCUGUUCGAGACAAGAGCAGCCAAAGGCAGAGCCUUUUUCAAGCUCUAUUGCCUGACCGUGCUUGUGGGCAUAUUCUUGAUAUGGGCUUACAGAUUACUACACAUCCCUAGAGCAGCCGAACGAGUCAGGUGUGCUUGGCUCGGCAUGUUUUCUGCAGAGGUUUUGUUUGGUCUCUACUGGGUUCUGACUCAGGCGGCUCGGUGGCGAGUCGUGUAUCGUUAUCCCUUCAAGAACAGGCUCUUCGCCAGAUUCAAGAACGACUUACCGGGAGUAGACAUCUUCGUUUGCACGGCGGACCCCACGCUGGAGCCGCCGUCACUGGUGAUCAACACCGUCCUUUCCGUCAUGUCGUACGAUUAUCCGCCCGACAAACUCGCGGUCUACCUCUCGGAUGAUGGCUGUUCUGAGCUGACGUUCUAUGCCCUUGUUGAGGCAUCCGAGUUCUCCAGGCAUUGGGUACCUUUCUGCAAGAAACACAAUGUCGAGCCAAGGGCGCCUGAAAUCUACUUCUCCCGGGAUAAUAAUUUGCGCGAAUUGGAUUUCGCGCGAGAAUGGAAUCGUAUGAAGAGUAUGUAUGAUGAUAUGAAAAGACGGAUAGAUACGGUUAGGAUAAAGGGUCUCGUCCCGGAAGAAAUUAAGGGUGACCAUAAAGGAUUCUCAGAGUGGAAAUCCGGAAUGACGAAGCAGGAUCAUCAGUCGAUAGUUCAGAUUUUGAUUGAUAGAUGCAACUCCCGAGCAGUCGAUAUUGAGGGGAACAAAUUACCGAUGCUGGUGUACUUGUCCAGAGAAAAGAGGCCAGGUUGGGCACAUAACUUCAAGGCUGGAUCGAUGAAUGCACUGAUAAGGGUGUCCUCUAAAAUCACAAAUGCACCAAUCAUUCUCAACCUCGACUGUGACAUGUACUCGAAUGACCCGGACGCUGUAAAAGACGCAUUAUGCUUCUUUUUGGAUGAAAAGAAUGGAAAACAGAUUUCAUACGUGCAGUACCCACAGAGGUUUAGUAACACCACCAAGCAUGACAUCUAUGCAAAUUCAUCAUGUGCAACUUUUCAAAUUGAGCUUGCUGGCAUUGAUGGUUUUGGUGGGACCCUCUACAUUGGCACCGGAUGCUUCCACAGAAGGGAAAGCUUGUCGGGAAAGUACUAUGAGAAUCGUGGGCUUGAGUGGCAAAAUGUCGACGAUAACACAAAAGGUAAAACAGUUGAACAAUUGGAGGCGGCGUCAAAGCUUUUGGCAGAUUGUAGCUAUGAGAAGGGUACCCUGUGGGGCAAAGAGAUGGGAUUGAUUUAUGGAGGUUCUGUGGAGGAUAUUGUGACAGGCCUCACAAUCCAGUGCAGGGGAUGGAAGCCCGUGUAUUACAACCCGGCCAAGAAUGCCUUUCAAGGGCUUGGCCCAACAACUUUAAACGUAGCUCUUGUUCAGUACAAGAGAUGGUGUGAGGGCCUGUUCCAGAUUUUUGCUUCCAAGUACUGCCCCUUCAUAUAUGGCCACGGCAAAAUCGAAUUGGGUGCCCAAAUGGGUUAUUGCAUAUACCUUGUAUGGGCUCUGAUUUCAUUGCCUACUCUGUGUUAUGUGGUCAUCCCUGCUCUUUGUCUGCUCCAUGAUGUGCCCUUGUUCCCUGAGGUGUCUAGCUUGUGGUUCGCACCAUACGCGUAUGUUUUUGCUGCAAGAACAAUUUACAGCUUAAUCGAGGAGCUAUUAUGUGACGCUACAUUGAAAGGAUGGUGGAACCAGCAGCGUAUGUGGCUGUUCAGACGCUUGACGUCUUACCUUUUUGCCCUCAUAGACACGCUGUGCAAGCAGAUUGGCCUCUCUGAGACUUCCUUUGACUUGACCAAUAAAGUGAUGGAUGACGAGGUACGAGAGAGGUUCGACAAGGAAAUAAUCGAGUUUGGGAGCUCGUCUUUCAUGUUCAUGAUGCUUGGGGCAUUUGCAUUGUUGAAUCUUUCGGGAUUGAGUUAUUAUGUGGCGAAGAGGAUCGUGUUGUCAGGCACAGAUGGGUUGUCGGCGUUUGUGGGUCAGGUGGGUUUGUGCGCGCUGAUAGUUUUGGUGAAUUUUCCGGUUUACGACGCACUUUUGUUUAGGAGGGAUAAUGGGAGAUUGCCGUAUUCGGUAUUGUUCAAGGCACUUGUGCUGGUUUCGAUGCUGAGCCUUGUUCCUAUUUAUUAG